AGCCUGCGAAACGUAAGCAACGAUAUUAUUAAGUAUUAAAACGACACAUGAGCAACACGCAGCUCGGAGCAAAAAAAAAUUAAAAUAAUAAUAAUCAAAGUAUUAAUAAUAGUAAUUGAAACGAACGAAAUAAGCAUUAAGUAAAAGAGAAAAUAUAUUAAAUUAUUAACACGUUAUUAAAUAAUACAAUUACAAAGGCGUUGUGAAAUUAAUAGCAAUACAAGUUAUAUACUAUAUAUAUUUAUUAAUUGUAAACUACGUAAUAUAAAGGAAUUUCUAGACAAGAAUAACGAAAAUUUCAACUUGUUAAAACGCACGUGUGCUUCCGAUAAAGAUAAACGUUUAAAAAAAUCGCAAAAAAUCUCAAUAUACAACGCCACUACCGAUCAGCGCAGUACAAGUGAAGAAGCGAAGCAGUAAAGUAACUGCCACUGCAAAAGCAGCAACUAACAGUAUUUUUUAUAAGAGUUCAAAGUUGACAACAAACGAACAAAUAUCCACUAAAAUGGCGCAAACAAGCCAACGAACCAACAAACAGUUAACAACAUUAACAGUAUUAAUGUUAACAGUGCUAACAGUAUUAACACAAAUGCCGGGAAAAAGUGCAGCGGCCGCCAUUGGUGGCGCUAAAAUGCACAACAACAAUGCUAAAAUAACAUUACCGGCGUUAAACGCCGCCGAAGCGCUCAGCAAUCAACAAAGCGCCGUCUUCCAACAGCUUAUCGACAGCACGGCAGGUGCAGAACGCGGACGCCGAAAGCGACUGCGCAAACGACACAACAACAAUAUGCGCUUAAGUACCUUGGCAGGUGCGACCAACGAAGCCGAUGCGGCACUUGAGUGGGUGAACCCAUGCGGUUAUGAAAAGUUUAAUAACGCGGCGGCGGCGACGGCGAGCAUCAACAAUGUGAUGGACAAAAAGAAGCUGAUGAAAGACCUUAGGAGAGGGCUACGUGCAGAAAAUACAGCAGUUAAUGCGCUGCACACAAUCGAUAUCGAUGAUAUGACCAGCUUUCGGUUACACAAUUUGAAAUACAAAUUUCUGCCAACACUGAAUGGGACAGCCAAAAUUGAACUCCAUCACUGGCAUCGCGCCAUGCAAAAAUUUGUUGCCUCCUUCACCGAAUUGGGUGUAAAACAAUAUCGUUACGAUAUCAAAACCCUGCAAAUUGUCAGCGCCACCACACGCGAACUCAACGCCUUACUGCUCAGCGCACGUCGUUCACUCUGCGAAUUGGAAAGCGUCAUACUCGCCAUAAAUCCACAAGCGAAAAUACGCACCAUAACACGCGAUGAAAUGCAAAAGAAGCUGAAUUUCCAUUCGAAAGAUCAGGCGCUUGUCGACAAAGAGGGUGUCAGCUCGUUUGAUUUGCGUUUCGCCAAGCAGCGUUAUCACAAAUACGUGCAACAUAUGUUGCAAAUUUUGCGUCGUCAACUGAAAGCGGCGUUGAAGAAGACGGGCGGCCGUGCGGCAGCCAAAUCGGUAGCCAGUUACAGUGAUGAAAGCAACUACAGUCAAUUGUUGGAGUUGAACGAUUUCGCGGGCUAUGAUAUGUCUGCGCAAGCGUCGCACGGUGUGAGUGAGGAGCUGUUGCUGGCAGCGUGAAAACGCUAAAGCGCCGAUAUAAUGUGGAAGUGGAGAGUGUUUAAACCCAGUAUGUGCCAUUAAUAGUGUAACUAAAAGAAGCUGUAGCCUUUAUGUAGGUGAAGGUGUGUGUGUGUUACUAAGCGCGCCACCAACGCCGGCUGUUGUAUUAUAUACAUACAUACGUACAUAUGAACGUCCAAUACUUAGACAUACCACACAUAGUUUUUUAAGCACACACACACACACAAUAUCUAGUGAUAGGUUAGUGUUCCUCAAAGUAUGCAUCACAUUAUUUAUUUAUUUAUUGCACUCAUUUUAGUGAAAUAAGCGCAUUAUACAUUGAAAAAAAGUAAAAUAAUUUAUUUAUUGAAAUCAUGCACAGCCAACAUUUAGUAAUUAAGUUGUUUGUAUUUAUUGUAAUUAUUAUUAUUUUUGUAUUAUUUAUUUAUAAAUUAUUUAUAUAAUUAGUUAGCUCACUUAACAAAUUUUACAAUUUUUUUACACAAUGUUAUUAGGUAUGAAAUGGAAUUUUUUGCUUAUGCUAACUGGUUAGUGUGCGAUUUUAUGCCUACUGUGAUUAAUUAGCUGCUUAAUAUAAUAUUUAUUUAUUUAAAUACAUAGUUAAACAUAUGAACAUGUGCAUAUAUACACUCACUCGAUUAUUUAAUAAUUUUUUAAAUUAUUAAAACAAACACUUAAACAAUGUAUAUAUGUAUAACUUAAGCCUUAGAAACAAAACAACAACAAAUUUGUUACGAACAUUAUUUAUGAAUGCGCCAGACUGCAUGAAAGACGCUUUAGCACUUAAGUAUGUAUGUUUGUAAUGCGAAAUCUAGUUA